AUGGCAGCCUCACCAGAACGCUCACACCUCCACAGAAAGAAGAACCCAGGAAAAACACAGGAGAUCCAGAAAACAGGCUUAUACCCUCCAGGGUCGUCUGCAUCGGGGAGCAAAGUUACAUCAGGCAAAACAAACCGUCUAGGUACCAAGUCCGGUAGCUUUCAUGAAGAUAUGCCUGAGUAUAAUCAAGAGCAUCUUUCCCAAGAUAGCAAUAGCAGUAUGUUCCGCUCCCCCAGAGCUCUGCAACCUCAGCUGGGGUUGGGGGCACGACAGCCCACUGCCAAAAGAGUCCAACACAUGGGACAUAAUGACCCCGCACAGGUCCACCAGGAGAGAGCAGGAGAUCAGAGGCGGUCAGGAGCAGAUAUCAGCCAUAAGUCAAUGGUUCUGAAGCCAGGGCAGUCUGGUCUGCGUCCACCAGGUUUCUCUGCACUGCCUCCGUCCCGCCUCGCUGCUUUUGGGUUCAAUCGCAGCUCCAGCGUCUCUUCUGUGUCCAGUAACCAGUCCAAUGAAAGCAGUCACAGUGAUGGCCUCCGACCCUCUCAGCAUGGUGGCAGUGGCAGUGAUGACACCCCUCUCCACAAAGCCACAGCGGCCCCUCCUGACUCACCCUCUACUGCCCCUCCUAAUGCCCCCAGCCUGCAGCGGCGCUCUGUGCCUUCACAACGUAGCUCCCCUCUGUUGUCCAAAAGAAAUGAGCCUGAGGCAGCACUCCCGUCAAAGAUGUCCCCAAAGAAGUCUGCUAUGAUUUCACCCAAAACACAAUCUCCAGACAACAGAGAAGCUCCUCCCACAGACAACAGAGAAGCUCCUCCCACAGACAACAGAGAAGCUCCUCCCACAGACAACAGAGAAGCUCCUCCCACAGACAACAGAGAAGCUCCUCCCACAGACAACAGAGAAGCUCCUCCCACAGACAACAGAGAAGCUCCUCCCACAGACAACAGAGAAGCUCCUCCCACAGACAACAGAGAAGCUCCUCCCACAGACAACAGAGAAGCUCCUCCCACAGACAACAGAGAAGCUCCUCCCACAGACAACAGAGAAGCUCCUCCCUCAGACAACAGAGAAGCUCCUCCCACAGACAACAGAGAAGCUCCUCCCACAGGCAACAGAGAAGCUCCUCCCACAGACAACAGAGAAGCUCCUCCCACAGGCAACAGAGAAGCUCCUCCCACAGACAACAGAGAAGCUCCUCCCACAGGCAACAGAGAAGCUCCUCCCACAGACAACAGAGAAGCUCCUCCCACCGGCUCACCUGUGGAGAGAGAGAGUAGCUCACGGUCAUUAGAGCCCUACGGUCCUACAGCCUUAGAGCCCUACAGUACUAUAGCACUACAGCCCAACAGCCUUAGAGCCCUACAGCACUACAGCCCUACAGUACUACAGCACUACAGCCCUACAGCCUUAGAGCCCUACAGCACUACAGCCUUAGAGCCCUACAGCCCUACAGCACUAGAGCCCUACAGCCUUAGAGCCCUACAGCCCUACAGCCUUAGAGCCCUACAGCUCUACAGCCUUAGAGCCCUACAGCACUACAGCCCUACAGUACUACAGCACUACAGCCCAACAGCCUUAGAGCCCUACAGCACUACAGCCUUAGAGCCCUACACCUUACAGCCCUACAGCGCUACAGCACUAGAGCACUACAGUCCUACAGCACUACAGUCCUACAGCACUACAGCACUACAGCCCUACAGCACUGCAGCACUGCAGCACUACAGCACUACAGCCCUACAGUCCUACAGCACUACAGCACUACAGCCCUACAGCCCUACAGCACUACAGCACUGCAGCACUACAGCACUACAGCACUACAGCCCUACAGCCCUACAGCCCUACAGCACUACAGCACUGCAGCACUACAGCACUACAGUCCUGCAGCACUACAGCACUACAGCCCUACAGUACUACAGUCCUGCAGCACUACAGCACUACAGCCCUACAGUACUACAGCACUACAGCUCUACAGCCCUACAGACCUACAGCCCUACAGUACUACAGCUCUACAGCCCUACAGACCUACAGCACUACAGCAAUACAGCCCUACAGCCCUACAGCACUACAGCACUGCAGCACUACAGCACUACAGUCCUGCAGCACUACAGCACUACAGUCCUACAGCACUACAGCACUAUAGCCCUACAGCCCUACAGUACUACAGCACUACAGCUCUACAGCCCUACAGACCUACAGCACUACAGCAAUACAGCACUACAGCACUACAGCCCUACAGCACUACAGUCCUACAGCACUACAGCUCUACAGCCCUACAGUCCUACAGCACUACAGCACUACAGCACUACAGCUCUACAGCCCUACAGACCUACAGCACUACAGCAAUACAGCACUACAGCACUACAGCCCUACAGCACUACAGACCUACAGCACUACAGCACUACAGCCCUACAGCCCUACAGCCCUACAGCACUACAGCCCUACAGCACUACAGCCCUACAGCACUACAGCCCUACAGCACUACAGCCCUACAGCACUACAGCCCUACAGCCUUAG